UCAGGUUUGGUUUAAUUCAGCCAUUUGAUGCUAAAAAAGGGGAGGUGUGGUGUCAUGAUUGACGGCUGCGUUGACCAAUUAGGCGCCUGCAGCAUUGUGCGAACUGGAUUAUCAUAGUAGCAGAGGAACAGUCACAAGAAGAGUCAUUAAACUUCUUUUUCUUCAACAAAAGUAAUAGGUAUAGGCGUUUAUGUAAGACUUUGAUUAAAAGCACUCAACUCAUCCUCUUAAUGGUCUUUAUUCUAGCGCUCCUCUGAGACAAAGACUCAUCUGGUUUCUCCAUGGAGUCAGAUAAUUCUAUAGUUCCUCUCUGAUGAACAAGUAUGAAAGCUUUACAUCACGGGGAGUCUCCAUUCUCACCUGCUCUUAAUGGAUUCACUCUGUUGGAAAUGAGAUAUCUGGAAGCGGCUCUCUGCUCCCCGGAGACUAAUGCUUUCAGAGUCUGCGGUUCGACUGGACCGCUAUUGGACAGCAAGGAGGAAUGGGCUCUUGGGGAGAUUUAUUGAUGUAGACGUUUUCCUAGCCCAUUACCAAGACGCCCUGGUGCCCAAACAAACCUGUGGGGUGGAUUCUGCUCCAGACUGUAGACGUGAUCUUAAUGAAAAGAGAUGAUAUUUUUUUCAAGAUGGCUGUCUAUAAAUCUGGCUCUGUGUAGCCGCGGGCCUGAAGGAGCUGAAUGAAUACACUAAUGUUUUUCCUCAGGCUGGUUUUCAGCGGCUGAGACGCAUAAAUGAAAUGAAGGAUUAUAAAAGCAGCAGCCUGUCAGGUUUGGAUGUCACCUGUGCUGCAGUACAGCGUGGUUUAACAUCAAUUCAAAUAUACACAACAGCCAUUCUCCCCUGACAGGACGCUCAGAGUGACAGAAAUAAAGACGCGCUGUUAUAUUCAAGGUCUGAACACAGUAUGAAUGAGGAAAAUCUAGCAAACUGACGCAACUUUGUACCUUUUGGCAGAAAGUCCACAAAAUGACUGGAUUUAGCAAAAAAAAAAAAAUCAUUCAAAUCUGAUUCACAUGUGAUAACAAAGAGGACACAAUCAGCUAAACCACUAAAAUUCACACAAAUCAUUUUUUAUGCACAAAUUGUUGGUUUGGAAUUUGUUGCUUAUGGAAACAUACUGUUAUCCUACAAGACAAGUCAUUAUCUUGUGGGAACAGAUUGUCUUUGGCAUAUCAACUGUAAUUUGUGAUACAUCAAUCAUCUUGCACACAAGUUAUUUGUUUGUUGGGACAUGUUAUGAAUUUGUUUGUGCAAGAUAACUUUCUUGUGGGAAAAUACUUUACUUUAAUCUGAUGUGCAUCGGUUGUUGUCUUGUGGAACAACAUAAUUAUCUAGUGGGAACAAGUUAUCUUUCUGUGGGUAAUGAUUUCUAUGCACAUGAUAAUAACUUGUUGGCACCUGCGACUACAAGACAAGAAAAUGAAUAAUUUGAUAACUCAUGCCCAUGAGAUAGUUAGGCUACCUGUAGGUCAGUUAUUUUGAAAUGUCUCAUGAGGAUAAUCUUUUAUCUUGUGCACCCAAGAUAUUCAUGUUACCUGAAGACUGUCCACACAAGUUUUUUUCUUCUUCUGUGCAGUUGAAUAUGUAUAUUUGUUCACAUAAGGCUAAAACAUGUUACUAUUGGAACUUCUUGGGCUUUGUUGAAUUCACUGGGCUAGGUCCAAACCAUAGACUAUAGAAUAGUAUAUACAGUGAUGGUCCAAACUAUAAAAGAUUUGUUGCUUCAAAAUUAGCAUCCUACAAAAAUAAAAACACAUCUACAUCAUUUUGGACUGAGGGUUGAGUUAAGUCACAUCUGCAUUUUAACCUUACUUAAAUCACAAAUCAAUAAUUAAAUCAAUAAAAAAGGACCUUAGUAAACUUCUGUACUCUUUGGCUAUUUCCGGUAUUACUUGACCAAACGUAAUUCUAGUCAACGGCCGCGGGAAACACACGAACGCAGAAUGGAACUACACUCGUAGGUUUACAGACGAGUGUUUAAAUGUUAUCAUCUCUCUGAAAGUGAAACGCCAUGGUUAUUUGUUUUAGAUGAAAACUAGCUGAUUGCUGGACCAUCUGAGACAACGCUAAUUUCAACAGGUGUGCCUGAUUUAGAAACGAGCUUCAGUGAGAGAGCGUCACUUCAACCUCCAGCUCGCCGCGGUAAGUAACGUGAAUAUAUUACCUGAAAAACAAAACAGGGGCUGUGUAGCUUGAUACAUUUUUAGUUUAUGAGUAGACACAACGCAUUUCUUCAUCUCGGCUUACAUUAAUGCAAUGUAAACAUUUAAUUUAUUAAGUGAACUCUACUAUAAGACCCACGAACUUUACUUCUGAUGUGUCCUUAAUUAGCAUAUUUUUGAACGGAGUUUGGGCGGCAACGCCACUCUCUUGGAUUUUCACAAUUACAGCGUGUCUGGUCGAAAUUGAAGGACAAUGGAGGGUACAAUUGUGCAUCAGUACAAUUGUAUUGAGUAAUCCUAAAUUUAUUGCAUUUCUGCCGUGGCUUCUUCUAAAAAAGUAAGCUAACGUCUGAAGUGGUCUCAACAUGUCGCCGGACGCACUACGUCCUUACGUCACUUCAGCUACAAAUGUUAAGUGUCAUGAACAAUGUAAAAGUAAGCUUAUAACAAGGCGGAACAAUUAUUUGCAGUAUUUAUGUAGCAUUUUCAAUGUACAUUACUUUUAAAAUGUUAGUUAUAAUUUGCAGCAAAUUGUUUACCCAAUCCUGAAAAUCAACUAGUCAAAACAGAUCACAAUAAAUGAAGCUCAACUAAGAGUUGGCAUUACAACUACUCUUCAGUAUCUGUAUCUAAACUAUUGAAUUAUUAUUAAACACACAGUAGAUAGUAUUGGCUGAUCUCAAGAAAAGUUUUUUUUGUAUUGGUAACAAAAGCCCCCUAUCUGUAAAAAGUAAUAUUGUGGCUUACUAUCUUAAACAGGACAUAUCUGAAAAAAUAUGUUUCUUUGUAAGAUUUAGUCAAAAGCUUUCAGACCUAAGUUUUACCUGUGACAGAUAAUACAGCCCAAGUGCCUUAAAAGUUGUGAAACUGUUUGGAACGUAAAUAGUUUUAAUGCGCUGAAAAAUCCUAAAAUCACAAUGUGCUUGAGUUUGGUACCAACUGGCACCACCCACUCAAAAAUAUGCAAGACCAGUGCAACCAGACAAGGAUUAAAAAUUGUAUGUUAUCUGUUUUUAAUUGUUUGUUUGUAAUUCCUGUUUUGCAGCUGUGUUUGCAGACAUGAGGAGCUCCAUUACACAAAGUCAAGCCACAACGCUCCUGCACAACAAGUUUGUGGUGGUUCUCGGUGACUCAGGUGAAACAUAAGAAGAAAAGCUGAUUUGUGAUCUUAUCCUCAGGCAUUCAAGACCCACUAAUCAUGAGUAUAGCCCCGGUCUCCCUGAUUGUUUUGAACUCUAGAAUAAAAUUUUCUCUGAAAUAUUUUUGCAGAAAUUUUACUGACAUCUCAGCAGCUUUUUUCAAACCUAUAAUUGUCCACUCUCUUCCUCCUCAUCCUUUCAUUUUCCUCCAUUUCUGAUUGUUUUUAAGAUUUGUCUUCUUUUUUUCAGUGCAGCGCGGCAUUUACAAAGACCUGGUCCUGCUGCUUCAGACAGAUCAGUUCCUGUCAUGGCCCCAGCUGAAGUCCAAGGUGAGUCUUUGCACAAGUUUGAGACACUCAAAUGGCUAAAUCACAGUCUUCAUCUCUUUUUUUUUUUAACCCAAAUGGAAAUCAGGGUGCUAUUGCAGACCUUGAUAGAAAAAAGCGCACACCUGACAACAGUUGAAAAUUUGACUGCACAUGGUAAGAGCAGAGUCCCUGCAAACUCUGCCACACCUGUUCUGAGCUACUGAAAUUGUCUGGAUGUAAAAAGAAGCUGAAGCCCAAAGUUCAAUGUCUCUGUCGGUGUCCCAGGGCGAAUUCUCCUUUGAGAAUGACUACCUUGUGGAGGGGGGUCAACUGGAUCGCAUGAAUAAUGGCACAGAGUACAAAGAGGUUCGUCAGUACCAAGCAGACCACCACCUGGUGCGUUUCUACUUCCUGACCCGGAUCUUCUCGAGGUACAUGAAGAGCAUCCUGGAGGACCUCAAAGGAGGACUCAAACCUGACGUCAUCAUCAUCAGCUCAUGUGUGUGGGACAUCAGCAGGUAACACAGCUCCAUACGAUUUCUGCCUCUGAACACUGAAGAUAGAGAGGGAGGGAUUGCAGGGAGAUGACAAUAGACUGACUGAAGUGAUAACAGCGGCCUGAAUGAGGAGGAAGAUGUGAGAUUCACUCAGUGUGAUUAAAAACACGAGGUCAUGCUCCUGUCUUAAAGGGGAUGACAGAAAAAUGACCCAUCAAUGGAUUUGAAAUUUGAUUCUCAGAAGCAGCAGGUUUGGUAGAUGUCUAACUUGAGUCUAUUUAAAGCCUUAAAAAUAAUCAUAAGAAAAUAAAAUUGGUCCUAAAAUGGACAAAGUCAAUGCAGAGGCUAAAAGCAGUGAAAAGUUGUCAUGCAUUCAUUUCUUUGUUAACAGAGAUGCAGCGCCAUUUUGCACAAGCUGGAGAUUUUGCAAAAACAACUGAUCCAACAAAAAUCCAGAGAAUCACAGAAACUUUACUGUGGGGUGUUGACUCUUUUGAAGUCAUUUGAACAGAUUUAACCUUUGCGAAAGGGCUGGGCUUCUAAAAACUGAUUUUAACAACAGAGCAGAUCUGUUUGUCCAAUUUGACAAACCCUCAAAACUAACACCAACUUUUUUACAGACUGACAUUUGUGACAAACUUAAGGGCUUACAGUUGCAGGACAACAGCCACAAUCUUAAUUUUUUAGAAAUUUCUGUCCAGCUGGCUGAUCAACUUCAUUAAACAAUCAUGCCUUUGAAAUGUACGUAAAGGUGUCCUUCAGGGUUCCAUACCAGUACCUGUUUUAUUUUUAUUAUCGGUUUAUGUAAAAAUGUUCUUGGUGCAAAGCUUUAUUUUCAGAGUAGACUAUAGAUUAUAAACUAUAGUGCACAGGUACAGGAUAGAACAGGUUAAUUGUAAUUUUGCGCGGUGCUUCUAGACUCGGCUUUGAUGAAGUUCAUAAAAGACGUACAACAUUUUAAAAAGAGGAGACAAAAUUCAUAAAACUGCAUUUACAGAGUGCAGGAAAAACCAAAACUAUCUUUUUUUCUUUCUUGCAAAAAGAAACCAGAGAAAAUCCAAAGAAUUGAUAAUAAGCGCCUUUUUUCCACCUUUUGUAAAGUGAAUAUCAUCGCCCCAGGCUGCUCACAGGUUGUUAAAAUUGAUUAUUUGGUUCUAGUAUUACUUGUCAGAAUUAAUAUGAUGCCUUUUUCAGGUCACAGAGAGAGCAGUAACAUUUGAGGUGAUUAAAUUCAUUAGAUGAUUGAAAUUUUAUAUAAACACACAUACUGCACUUAAUCUGGUAUGAAUUCCUGCACAUUUUAUAUUGUAAUAGAAAUCAAAGAAACAGAAAAGAUGCGUAUUAUCAUUGUGGCUGUGACAUUAUUAUUUACCAAAAUAGUGCCACCUUGAGUGCGUGCUCAUAUUCCCAGCUUGUAACUUAAAUGCGUCUCAAACCAGCUGCGGAGUCUCAGGUGCGUGAUGUUUGAACUAAUUCAUCUUUAUAGAAUAGGAGGACCAUGUCCUGUCCUGCGUUGUUUUCACCGUCCAUAAAAGAGGUAGUUUUAAAUUUACUGAAUAGUUUAAUGGAGCUGGUGUCACUCUCUUAACAGCUAAAGUCUCUUCAGAGGGCUCUUGAUAGAUUAUUCAUUAUCUGUCUUCUGUUUUUCCUGACAAGCUCUUAUAAAACACCAUGAGCUGUCACAGUCAAACCGCCUCAGCCUCAACACACACACUUGGCUCUGCAGCAUGAAAAUGAUCACCUGCACAGGGUCUGCAUGAAAAUGACAGCCAUCUCCUGAGGGGACCGUUUCUAAAGUUAUCCCUUUGAAAGAUAUAUUUUUUACCUGCCCUGUCUGUUACUUCACUUCCUGGACCUCCGCUCGUUUGUUUGGUUCAAGUUUCAUUAAAGCUGAGUUGUGCUCAGGCUCAGAUAAAGUGAGCGGGACAAGAGUGUGUGAUUAAUUAUGUAGAGAAAACAUGAAGCAGCUGCCACCAGAGGGAGAAUCAGAGAGAUACUCCAUCCUGUUGUUCUUGUUUUCUGAUUGCUCCCAAACAUUUCCACUCCUUCCUCAGAGGGGGGAAAUUUCAGUAAAUGUCAGGAAUUAGAGCAGAAGUGUAAUGAUGGACUGUAGCUGAACGGUGCAGAGCUCUUUCAGUGGAUUCACCGCCUACAGUUUUAUACUUAAUCCUUCAUUGAGUUCAUGUGGGAGUUGGUGACAGCGGCAGUUUGUUUGCAUUUAUGUCAACACUCAAGUUUUAAUCCCAACUAAAGAAAGUCUGAUACGUUUGAUUGAGAAGAAGAGUAAAUGCUCCCAUUUCCUCGAAAGGAAAAUUUUGAAAAAAGUGAAGCAAAAGACCUUGAAACCUGAAUAGUGCUCUUCUUUAUGACUGCUAUUUUAGUUUCAGGCAGGACCAACAAACAUCUAAUGGCCUAAAGUGCAGCUCUUACUCUUUGCACUUAAGCACAAGCUAAACAAUACAGAAUCCAAAUGUUGGUACCUUUAAGACGUCUCCCCCAUUUUCCUGAGAAAUACAACAUUAUUGUGUCUAAUUAAGAACCUUGUUUUAGGGUGUCAGGGGAGCUGUCCGUCAGUCUACGUCCGUCAGUCUACAUCCACAGUCGUUUUAAUGAGAACAGGAAAAUGAUAGCAGAUCAAAUCUAACCGUUAACAGUGUGUGAUAUACAGUAUAAUAAUAAUACAUUUUAUUUUAAAAGCGCCUUUCUGGACACUCAAGGACACUGUACAAUAUAAAAUAAUGGAGGAUAUUAAUGUCUCAUUAUCUCAUACUAUGACAUCUGUUGCACGACCUGAUGUAUUUUAUUUUGUGAACUAAUUCAGAAACAUGUUUCUGGCAGACAUAACCACAUAGAGCAGAUCAUAAGGAGCUUGAAAUGAAAGAUGUUACUGAGCUGUUAUAUUUUAUAGAAUGCAAAAAAAUAUGUGUGUAUAUAUACUGUAUAUAUCAGCAUUCUGUAUAAGCCAUCAUUUUACCUGCGUUGUAAAUCUUGGCAUCGUAUUGGCUGUUGAAAAACCCAAAUCAGUCUUGAAAUGAUUACUGAGAACCAGUACUUUUUGAUACAGGUAACAAAGAUACUGUUAGGCUCAGGGACAAACUAUCCUUUUGGUAUUUUAUGAUUGCUGCUGCCUUACUCAUCUCAUCAUGCUUUGAUUACUGUAACAGGCUUUGUACCUGUGUGAACAAAAAACAUGUUGAUUGACUCCACACAGUCCAUAUCUCAGCCGCUAGGGUUUUAACUGAAACCUGAAAACAUGAUCAGAUCACUCCUGUUUUAGCGUUUUCACCCUGGCUUCCUGUAUGUUUUUAGAAAUUAUUUUAAGACUUUACUGACUACUUGAAAAGCCCUCUGUGGCCUGUCUCCCAGUUACAUAUCAGACCUGCUAGUACCGUAUGAGCCCACUCGUACAUUGAGAUAAAACCAAACUGAAAACUGUGGGGGAUGGAGCUCUGAAAACUGGAACAAUCAGCGUGAGGAGAGCAGGUCAGCUGAGUCAGUGAUCUCUUUUUAAAUCCCUUCUUAAAACACACUCUUAUUGUAGAGCUUUUCCUGAUUUAACUAUUUUUAACUGUUUUAAAUUUAUUUUUGGAUCUUUCCUUGAUUUUUUUUUUGUCUUCUUUGUUUUAUUUGCUGCCCUUGUAAAGCAGUAGCUACACUUUAAGUCCAUUUGGGCACCUGGAAAACAUCCAGUACUUUUACAUGUUACUAAAAAAAUGGAUUUAUUAUGUUUUUAAAACUGAUAUUUAACAUAUGUGUAAAAAUAUUAGUCCAACUGAAAUCACACUUGAUCAAGUUUGUGGUAUUUGGAUUAACACACAUAAAUUAUGCAAAUGGGGAUCGAUUUUCUCAUCCAUGUAUACGCCUCAGUCGGACUGGAACUGGCCUAAGCCUUCUGAGCGUGUGCUGGGAUUUGCAUGGCAGGCUUUGACCUGGAGGUUGAACAGCAUAGAUGUGUAGGAAGCUGAGCAGUAAAUAAAACCUACACAGAAGAAGAAAAGAUAAAGAUGUUUUACGUAUGUCAAGUACAGUGAUGCAUCUAUUAAGACAAGUCAGGUUUAACAGUUUUUUAUUCCUUUGCUAUUCCUUGGUGUCAGGUACGGAUCAGGGAGCCUUAAUCAGUACAAGGAGAACCUCCACGUGUUCUUCAGGGAGAUCCGAGACAUCGUUCCUCGAGACUGUCUCAUCGUGUGGAACCUGGCCAUGCCUCUUGGCAGCAGGAUAAAGGGUGGAUUCUUGGUGCCUGAGGUGAGUAUCUCUCAGCAUCCAACCAAACACUUCAACACCUGGUCUCACUCAGAGGCAGUCCCAUCCACAGAAGAGAGAAAGGCAUGAAUAUAAAAUAGCUGCAGGGAUGAGGAAUAAGAAAUGUUCUCAUGAAAUGAUUCUGCCUUUAUGCUUCUUUUCUCAGUCUUUGUUUAAAAAAACAAAACAAAACCUGGAUUAUCUGUCUCUGAAUCCCACAGGUGAGUCACCUGGCCCCCUCCCUCCGCAAUGAUGUCAUUGAAGCGAACUUCUACAGCUGUGUAACUGCAGAGGCCUACAAUAUGGACAUCCUCGACCUGCACUAUCACUUCCGGCGCAGCCUGCAGCACCGCAUGCCAGACGGCAUCCACUGGGACUCGCUGGCCCAUCGACGCAUCAGCGCCCUGCUGUUGCAGCACAUCGCUAAUGCCUGGGGGGUCACCCUGCAAGACGUCCCCUCCAUUCAACGACAAGUUAAAGGUAAGAGCACAAGCACAGACUCACCCAUUUUUGUUUGAAAUGUUUUUUUGUUUUCUGUUUUUCAACAUGCUGCAUCUUGCUGUUUCCAUCUAUUUUUAGAGAAGCUCAGAAAACAAAUGUGAUUCUCUCCUCCAAACUUUGCUGCAAACUGCAUCACUAAUGGUGUAACGUAACAUAGGCCCUGGCUGCAGUCCCACUUUUGUUGAGUGCAAAAUUUCCACUGAGGUUUGAUCCUGAAAGAUUUCUAAACCGAAAAGUGGAACAAAAAAGGCGCUGAUUGAAUCCCCAAAUCUCAGAAGUUUAAACCUGUUCCAAGUUUAUCCCCAAGCCUUUGAGUGCUACAAGUUAUAAUUUAUUGACUCUGUGAUUUGUUGUGCUUUACAGCUGAGAAAAACUGUAGUGGCUCCAAAAAGCUCAAUUCUACUUUAUACAACCAUCUAUGACACACAGUAAAUGUUUCUUUUCUGUAUUAUGACCUUUGGUGGGGUUUUCAGAGUUUUUAAAGCUGUGACCUGUUUUUAAUAUCUUGGUGAGGCAGGAAUCCACACAGAUGUGUGCUUUUGUUCAGGCUGAUCAAAAAAGACUUAUCCACUUUCACUGACCCUCUGCGCACUUCAUAAAUGUUUGCUCAAGCAAUACUAGAAGAUGAUGACAUAGAGGGGAUUGUGGUAAAAGGCAGGGAACAUAAGAUAGCUGUAUGCGCGCAUGAUGUCUUGUUGUUUGUACGCAACCCUGAUGUUUGUCUUCCUAUCCUGUUGGAUCACCUCACCAAACUUGGCAAAUAUUCAGGGUCUAAACUUAAUAUCCAAAACACAGAGACAUUAGCAUUUGAUUACUAGGGGUGGGCCAAUGCAUCGAUUCUCUUGAUGAUUGAUUACGAUUAACAAAUGUUCAAAAAUUGAUUAUUUCCCAUGAUAGCAAAAUUACAGAAACACCAGGAAUUUGUCCAGAACAAAAAAAAGCCACCCUGACAACUUUAAGGGGCGAAGUUAUUAGAGUGUUAGCUAAAUGGCUGGCUACUGUCACUGAGCAUCAGGAUCACAUUUUGGGUUUGAAAUCCAGCGUGUGGAGGCAUUUCUUGUGGAGAAUUUAAUCCAUUCUGUUCUUUAUCUUGACUGUGUUUUAAAGGGCAAUGAUAUAAAAAAUUCAGUAAAAACUGUAGGUAUAUAUAUAUAUAUAUAUAUAUAUAUAUAUAUAUAUAUAUACAAAAAAGAUUUAUCCAAUAGAAGAUGAUGUAGAAGAGUUGCACGUCUGCAGCAGGAACAUGAACUGUCAUCUGUCUGCAAAAAGAUUUGUUUGACCCGGAAACGACUGAUACAAGCAAACCAGCUGGCUGAGCAAAAUUUCUAAAGUCAGGUCAGAAUUGGUGUUCACCCAGCCAAACUCACAAAACAGAGACUCUUAUACUCACAGAAUGAAAAAUACGGCCCUGGUUUAUGGAGUCUGGAGGGUUUCAAAAAAGAGAGCCCUUCUGGUUUAUACAAAUAUUGACUCAGACAAAAAGGUCUGUCUCUGUAGAGAUCCUUUCUUUAAUGUUUUCAGACACUUAUUGUAACAACCCUGAGCCUUUCAGGGAUAAACACAGGCGUUUUAAGUGGACAGACCUGGUGCUAUUUUCAAUGUUGGAGCUUUUACAUCCUGGUUUACUGCCAGUGAAGUAAUCUCCUGAGAAAUCAGAACUUUCUGAACCUUUUAACCCCAAAUAUGUAACACAGAAAGCUAAGGUUUAAAAUUCAGCGAUUCUCAUGAUGUCAUUCUGGACUUCAGUCGAGUGAUUUCAUGGUUUGAGGAGCUUUUACAUCCAUCAAAUUCUCAAUGUUUUGAUUUCCUGAAAACCAUUUUGCCACAUUUGUUUUUUGUUCUUCAGAGACUCAUUAGGUUUCUGUAACAUGACAAAAUGUGUCAGGGUGUCCUCUAUCUUUGAAGAAUCACACCUCACCAAAUGAAAAAUUUCAGGCUCUUGCUGACAUGCAGUGAUAUGAAAAAAAAAAACACUAAACAUUAAGUCAAUGUGUAAUAUAGUUGAAAUCCAGCAGCACUGCAUUUCCCGCACAGCAUGUUUUAGUUUCUGUAAACCUGCACAUUAUUUUUUGUUGCGUUGUGCAGAACACUAUAAAAAAUACUCUUUACUUCAACUCCAUGCAGCAGUCAGUUGUAUUUUUUGAACAUUUUUCAGUAAUUUUUAAACAAACUUUUGCAGCAGAAAUUUUGUGCAUUUUGAGAAGUUAAUAAUAUCUGUAUGUUUAGUUUCCCAGAGUCAAAGAGGCUUAAAACGCACCAAUAAGAGCCCUGAGAGACCUCGUUCAAGACCCUCAAGACAACCACAGAACUCAGGUUGGUAAAUGUCACGCACAUGUGUCUCAAACUGGCUAAAAAAAAAACUGGAAGUUGAAUGUAAUUAAAAAAGCAGCAAGUAGUUAUUAUGAAGACUCUAUUUUUAUGUUGAUAUUUAUGUCCAUUUUGUAUUAUUAUGCUUUCUUUAUCUCAGAGCCCGUCCACAGAGUUCAGCCGUUUCCCCCACACCCCCCGCUCAUUCAAGGUAAUAAACCUGCUCAGGUGUCAUGUUUGGUCACUCUUUGAACCCCUAACCCUAAUUUAGAGACUUUGUAGAAUAAGCACCCCAAAAUAGAGGCACAGAUCACCUGGCAAACCCCGAUUGCAUGCGCCCCACAUACACAGGCAGACAGGGUUUGCAUACAUUUAAUUAGGAUAAUGCAAACUGCAGCCACUGUGGUUUUGCACACGUCACAUUGUGUCCUCUUCAGCGUAUGAAUGAAUACUAGAAUACACCCUUCUCAUCUUUAUUUUUCCUUCCUCGUGGUUGAUGCUUAAGUUGAUAAAGGAUGAAUGAGUACUUUUUCUUUUCUGUUUAUUCUUUACCUCCAUUCAUUCAUUCAGCUUUUCUCUUCAUCAAAUCUCCAAGGCCAAAUAAUCGUGGCCUCCUUCUUCUUUUGAGUGACUUCAGCUUUCAAGCAAUCUUCAUUUUCUGUUUUCUUUUCAGUUUCCUCUUCAUCAGUUAUGUUGCUGAAAGCCGUCAGCUACUGAAAAGCCCGCCUGUCUGUUGGUCUUAAUGCUGCUGAAAUGUUUAGUCCGUAUUUUAAACCUUCACUUCUGUGCAGAUUUAUAAAUUUCUUAUCCUGACCACUCAAGCAUUUUUCAAACAUUAGGGAGGAAAACACACUUAGUGAUUUUUUUUUUACUUGAUGUCCUUUUAUAUGUAAAAAGAAACCACAUUUAUAACCAUUGCACAUGUCAGUACUAAUGUGUGGCGUCAUCUAAGACACAUUUUCUUAAAGAGAGAGCGAGAGGAGGUUUAAUAUUUGUCAAAGCAAAGAGACCAAGUGCUCUGCUUGUUGGUUUAGUUGAAUGUUAAAUUAGCAGAAGUGCUCUCCAGCCUCUGUUAGGAAAUGUUACUCACAGAAUAAAAGGAAGUGUUUGUAUGAAAAGGUCAGGGGAACCAGCCUUUUUAAGCCGUGAACAAUGUUUUUCCUCUACUCUUGAGACAUUUGUUGUUAAUCUAAUUAUUCCAACAUAAUUUUGUUAUUUAUUUCAGUUCAGAAAGAGCUUCAUGAGGGAUUGCUGGAGUAUGAAAAGCUUCAUUUGUUUCCUGUUAGUGUGUGUGCUUUUGUUUGUUCCUGUCAUGUUUGCAGCUGUGUAUCAGGCUCUGAAUGAUGAUAAUAAUAAUAAUAAUAAUAGAAAUGAUGUUUUAAUAGCUUUUCUGCUGGGCACCUGUAUGAAGCUCUGAACCGGUUUCCUCUUAGUGGAAUAACUGAAUGCAGAAUGACUCAGUGGCCUUGAUGAAGACUUCUCCACCUUUCUUCAUUAUUCUCCGUAAAACUUUAAACGCUCUCUGUCUCCACUAAGUUGCAUCUGCAGACUCUGCAGUUUUAAAGCAUGCAGCAGGUCUAAGUGAUGUGCUGAGGUGUUCAGAUUCGUGCCAUUGUGCAAAGUAAGCACAAUGAAAGUUAAGUUUCAUCAUAAACACCAGCACAUAGAAAUGAGUAUCUUUUCAGCUGCAGCAUCUGUCUGAACUGCCACAAACUGACAGUUCUUUAUAAUUCUCUCUACAUUAUGUCUCUGAAUGAAAUCAGGUUUAUCUUUAACUUUCAGGGAAAGUCAGAGUCUUUGCAGCUCUUCGGAUGGGAAAAAAAGACACUUGAAACUCUGUGUGACAGUGCCAAAUACAAACUCAUUUAAUGCAAACGCACAAUAAAGGCACUUAAAAUAUAAUCUCAAAUAUCAAAAAGCAGGUUUGGGAUUACAAAGACAUUUGCAGAUUUACACAAAAAAAAAAAAGAAAAAGAAAAAACCUUUGGAUUUGCUGUGAGGAACUGUUGGUUUAUUUUGGUUCUGGCGCCCCCUGUGGACAAAGUGAUGCUUCUUUUCUCUUGUCCUGUGCAUGUGAAAAAAAUCUCAGACAAUAAAAGCCAUCCUCAUAUCUUUAAACAGUGAAAUGUAGAAAAAAAUUGAUGUUUUUUGAAGGUGCUGUCAAUCAUCUAGUCUGAACCUCUGAUGGUCUGUUUGCUUUUGAAGGUCAUUAAGAGGCAUCAGCUUCAGUUAAGUCUGUUUUUAAACCAGUUAAAACUUCUCUCAGUGAAUUUUAAACUUUUUUACAUUUCUUUGUCAGAAACCAAAGACAGCUGUUCAAUAACCUUUUCCUUCAGCAAACAUCAGAAGCAAUGUUGUGUAAAUGAACAUAAAUGAAAGGAUGAAUGGAUAAUGUAAUUAUCAAUAUCAAAGUUAUUGUUUUUCAAAUGGAAAGAUAAAGAUGCAGUAUGAAAGCCAUGUAGAUAUGUAUUUUAAGAUUUCAAAACUAGCUAUGUUAGAAAAAUGAAGACAAAAUCUAACCGCAAAAUAGUCAAAAGUUAAGUUAUAACAUCGGAAUAAAGUUAUGACAAAAAAGCUGUUAUAACGGAAAAGUCGUGUUAAAGUCAUUUAAUUUAUAAAUCAAGUUACAAGAAAAUCCAUUCUUAAUAUUUAGAGUAUGAAGUCAUCAUGUUAUGAGAAUAAAGUCACAGUUUUUAGAGAAUAAAAAGGUCCUUUGAUAAGAGACUCACCCUGUUAUGAGAAUAAAUAAGUUGUCAUAUAAGAGUAAAGUCCUCUUGCUCUGAGAAUAAGUUUUGAUAAACUGGUAGUUUUGGUUCACGGUGAGCAGCCAGCUGUCUGGACCAGAAUGAGGACUGUGAGCAUGUGGUUGAAGUGUCCCUAAUGUUUUGUCUCAUUGUUAAAAGGAUCAGGACUCUGAAUACUGUCUGGUAUCCUCCUUCAAAACAACAUUAUGAAACUAAUCAUAAACUGAAAUAGAUGUUAUUUUUAUGAUAUUAUAAAAUUGUUUCUAUAUUAUGAUUUUUUUUCUCUCAAACAAUGAUUUGUUCUAGUAAUAUUUUGUCUUUUAUGUCAGAAUUCUUUUUUUUCCUCUAGCAGCCAUAAAACUGACAUAUUCGACAAACAUUCCUUUAAAAUUUCUUCUUUUCUUCUUUCAUUUUGUUUUCCUGUUUUGUUUUAGCUUGUAAGGCUCUUCAUCAUUCAGUGACCUUCAUAUGAACAAAUGAUGAAAAACAAGGGAACAGGUUCACUUAUUUUAAGAGGAACUCAAUCUUUCUUUCUAAAACAAAAUAGUUUGUUUUUGUACAUAUUUCAGUUCUUAUCAGAGGCCUUCACCUAACCUGCAGUGACUGAGUUUGAGUUAUCUUUUAGCAGAGAUGCACCAAGUUUCUUUAAAUAACAUUCAUUAAACAUCUUCACUGUCAGACUUUGGACCUCUCAAGCUUUGCAGCCCUGACCAGUUUAGCAGAUCCAGUUAUACAAAAUAUGAGAUUUGUUUUCUGCCUCAGAGAUCAUUCUUAAAUCUGAGAUUGCAGCUUUUUUAGAUGCUUGCACAUUUAGCUCCCCAUCAGUUAUUUUCUUUUAAUUUUACUGAUAAAAAUGUUUGUAGUUUGUUGAUUUUUAAAUAGUUUUGUCAUGAAUUUCUACAUUUAUAAGCGUGCUGGGUGCAUUCUGCUCCGGAGUUGCUUCUGGAUUAUUCACAAGGUUUGAGUUGAUUUGCUUUGACAGAUGGGGAAAGAGUUUUAUAUGGUAGCCUGUGAAGACUAGUGUUUGUGUUUCAGUUGGGCAGCUCUGGUUUUAAUGGUCUGAAAUGUUGCAGCAGCAGCAGCAGUAUCCUGUUUGUGUUUGGCGUCUGGGCUCAUCAUUUCUCACAGAUUUAUUUCACAUGCAGAAAUUCCAGGAGUGAUCAGAUAAUAAUUGUGUCCAGUAUAAAAUCUGUGCAGCUCGAGUUGCCUGUUUGGACAAGCUUGCAGGUGUUGCUGUAUUUGUUUUGGCUUUUUGCAGCACAGUUUGAUGUUUGCAGUUCCAUCUCAUUGUGGUCUUUUGGAUUACUGCACGUCUGUCCUGGUGGAAAUCUUUUUUUGGCCUUUGCAGCAUGUUUGUCCUCGUCAGCCAGAAUAGUUUAUUGUCUUUGUCCCUUUCCUCGUCAGUAAUUAACUCAGCCCACUUCUUCGGCCUCUCUGGUCUUUGUUCUGUUGUGGGUUCCUGCCUGUUUCUGGCUGUGGUUGAUCUUUUUUCAGCUGUUUGUCUCUGUGAUCGUGAGCAGAACUUUUCCUCAACUUUUCUUCCUCGGAGGAUGUUUGUUAUUGUCUGUCCCUGUUACCGUCUGAGCAGAGUUUGGUGCUUCUGUGAGAGGAGUAACAAGGUCAGAGCCCAGACACAAAAUAUCAGAGCCGUUUGUCAGACAUUCACCUGGGGCUGGGCGGUAAACCGAAAUUUUACUGAUACCGAAAUUUGCUACAAUAACCGACAUCAUUUUGCAAGAGUUGAUUUUGGAUGUGUGUAGGUAGGCUAUGGUCUCAUGUCCCUUUAAGACGCUGUCCUAUGUCAGAGACGUGACUCCACCCUAUCCAGUCCGUAACAAAGAGGGAAAGACAGGUGAGGAGAUGGAGGACAGUUGUAGUGGCUAGUGCGGCGGCUGAAGUCGAUUAAGUUAAUGUGGGAGAGGGUGAGCAGCUUGUGGAGCAGUUAUCGUCCAUUUGUCGAGAUUAACUGCUCAAUACAUCGUGAUAUUGAUUUGAGGCCAUAUCACCCAGCCCUACAUUCACCAGUCUGGAUGAGAGAUAAUGAAAGACGAGCUAAACAGGUUCAAGUCAACCUUUUAAUUCUGGAUUUAUGGGGUUGAGUUAGGGGUGGGCAAUAUGGCAAAAUAUCUUUUUUCUUAAAGACAGAAUUACAAUCACAUUUCAUCUUUCUUUUAUGCUUAUGUUUAAGACUGUUUUGCAGAUACGACUUACUUGGCCAGUAAGUCGUAUCUCAGGCUCAUAUCAAUCGUCGUAUCAUUUGUCGUUGUAUCAGUUGAUACAAUCAGUCGUAUCAAUAAAUCACAUGAUAAAUGAAAAUGAACUUGAUAACUUUGCUGACCUCAGUGUAUUGGCAUGUGCAUGUGUGUUUGUUUUCCUCGUCUCUCGCCACCCGUGUGUAAGUGUAAAGCUGCAGCAGAUGUAAUGUGUCGAUACUUUGAUCUUUCUGGAUUUGCAGAUCAUGGAUAUAUUCAAAUCCUUCAUGAUCUGAUAUUGUCUAAUUGCACACUUGUAAAUCAAAUCUAUAGAUUAACUGCUUGGCUUGUUGACACCUGAUACUGUAUUUUGAUCUGUUCAGGACUGCUUCCUAAAUUGCCAUGUAACCCACUCAAGUAAAAAAAAAAUUUAAAGGAAAUGACUGCAUAGAAAAGCAUCUAACAUAGUUUAGCUUUUUAUUAUCCUGUUAACUCACACGGCAAUCAUCAUGAGUUAUCUUAAUAAUCUACUCACAGAGCAGGUCCAGACUGCAGUGCUGUAGGACUCCAGUCUGGGUCUCAUCCUUUAUAACCCUCACCCUAGUCUGCCUACACAGUCCAUGGACACAGUGAUUGAGAUAAAACCAGAGCUGGGGCCCAUCAGCACCGUCUCCCCUCAUCUUCAGCCUCUUUCUCUCAAAAACUGACAGUUUUCCAAUAAAAUUCAGCCUCCCAACACAACAUUUUGGUUUUUAGGGGACAGAUUUUUUGGCCAGUGGUCAAUGAAGCUUGAAUACAGCUACAUUUUCAUCAUCUCCAAACAUUUGUAGAAUAGAAAUCCAAUAUUUCUGAAACAGGGGGCUUUUCUAACAGGAAGCCUCAGACAGAAAACAGCGCUGACACUAAUAGAAAGUCCCACAGGCCCUGUUUCUCCUCUUCCCCUCUGCUGUUUUGGAGUUUUCACAGCAAUCAGACAUGUCGGCCCACUCGGCUGGGUCCAUUGAUUGCAUCAGAGCAGUAAUCAGCGCUCAUUCAGAGGAGAACCUUCACCCAUCAGCCGGUUCACAAUGGCUAAUAAAGAGCCCUCUGAGGGGUUUAAAGCCCCCUGCCCACCUUUAAUCUGCAGAAGAGAAUAAUCAGAGUCCUGUCAUCUUCUCCAAGCUGCUGUGUGAGGUUGGACUUUUAACAAGGACAUUUCUUAUAUCAGUUUCCUUACCCGUACACUCCCAUAAAACUUCACACACUGAAACUAAGUCCAUCAAAGUUCGAGUGCAGGAUGGAAGACCAAAGGGCCAGACUCACUUUAGUGUGGUUUGUCUGAGCUGGGAAUGACGCUACACAGAAACAAGAUGGCUACAUCUACGAAAGUUACUCUAGCGCUUGUUAUUGUAGGUAUUUUAAGUUAUUUCAGCACCCUCCUUUGUAGAUGUAGCCAUCUUGUUUCCGCCUUCGAUUUUGCUUUUUUCCAACUUGGUCACUGAAACGCUGGUAACUCGGGUGUGACGUCUUUUUUAACUCCGACAUCUGACUUCCGAGGUAACUUGAACACAGCAUAAUUCUGAGUUGCAAAUAAUAUUUCUCUGCAUUUCAGUAGAACUCUCGCACCCUUGAUACUCAGGCCCUAAUUACUGUUCAGUUGCAGCGUAGCCUUGUUUAGUGAGCGGGACAUGAGGUGAGACAAAGUAACGCAAGAAAACAGACCCAGAGAGAGAGACAAGCCAGAAGCAAUAGGGCCAAAUUAGCAAACAUUUCAAUUCAUUAAUUUUACCAACUAGAUGUCCCCAUAAUCGGCAGAGGCCGAUUAUUGGUUUGAUCCUAGUCUUGUUUUUCUUGUCAAACUGUACUUUUCUAUAUUUACGUGUAACAACUACCAAAUAACAUCUCUGCUUGUUAACAUCAGGAUAGUAGAGCAUUGUAGCAUCAUGGCGUUGGUAGAUAUUAGCUGGAGCUACAGUCUUGGUUGGUGACAUGUUACUGUGCAACAGAUAGAACACAACAUACAGCCAACAUCUCAGGCCUGAACGUACUGGUGGUACUGGUGCAGACUGGCUAAGGUACAGACAUCAAGUUUUUCUCUGACUAAACCGAAACAUCCAGGUCCAGAUCUGGGCUUUUGUUAUCGAAAUAAUAAUGAAGAGACAGAUUGAUAGCGUUUACAUCCAGCCCUGUCUUUGUCUUUUCUUUCACUGUCUGUGAAGUGAAACUCAAAAUACUUCCACAAGGAGCCAAACAGAUGUCCAAGGGUCCAGACCUUUCACUCUGGAUGGCUUUGAUUGCAGCACACAUCAUCACUAAUACCUUAAAAGUGUCAAGAGUGCUAUUUAGUGGUCAGGUUACAAUAAGAGCGCCCUCUGUCGGAUUGGCAAGCUACUACAGAUGACCCUAUUUGCUAAUAAACUUUAUAUUUUGGCUCAUUCCAGUUUGAAUACAAAGUUUUUCUCCAAAGUUUGUACAAAGAUUUGAAUUUUGGAUAAAACUGACAGCUCUAGCCUCUAUUUCACCGCGUGUCAAAGAAAUGAAUCAUGUUCAGGUUCAUGCUGAAGUGUUCCACCCUGACAAGUCCAUAAAUAACUGAAGUAAAUCCACAUCCACUGUGAGAAGAUUUUCUCCAGAAAUCCUGCAGGGCCGAAAAAGUCAGAGAGAUGAGAAGUUCACAGUGUUGUAGUUGUUUUCUAAUGAGUGAAUUUAUCAUUGAUGUGAAUAUAAACCACUUAAAGACUAAACAAGUUUUUAAAACAUGGACAAGAGAAGAUGAGAUGAUUAUGAAAUAGAGCAAAUGGAGAAAAACUGGUACAAAAAAAAGAUCAGAAUGAAAUGAAAAAUCUGGCUGCUGGUGACACGCUGUUCCUCAAGCAACUGCUUGUGUUGAGUCCAAAUCUUGAAAGACUUAGCAGAGGAUAAAACUCGACGCUGUUUUUAUUGUUUAACUUUCAGGGCAGCUGCACAAUAAAACAAACUGUAGAAAACCUGACAAAGAUGAUGUGUUUACAGCCAUGCUCACAAGGAGAAUAAAUGACAGGACAAACUCUCAGGAGCAUCAGUGACACUCACGGUUCAGACUCCGGGGUUGAAAACAUUAAGCGGUUUUAUCCCAGUUUCAAAGGUCUUUCCUCUGCAUCUGUUUUAAUGUGACAGUCAUUAGUGUAAUUGAUUUUGACACCAGAGGAGAGGCGUGACCUGCUGCUGAACAAAGACAGGCGAUAAUGUACAAUCAGCUAAUGUUUGUUCUUUUAACCUCACAUGAAAUCAUUAUUCCAAGUGACAAAGAGGGAGGACGUUAAGAUGCAGCUCAUAUUUCUGCAGAAAAGAAACUGCAUUUAACCUUAAACUGUGAUGUAGCUCAAGAAAAAGAAGCUGCUCUGAGUGUUUCAUUCUUGUUACCUUCAUUUUGCAGGAACAGAAAAGUUAAAAGUUAUUGAACAGACUUUGACUCCUCCACCAGUUUAGUCUCAAUGAAAGUAAAUCAAACUUUUUACUCACUGGAGUGUUAAUUUGUCAGAUUCUGGAUACACAACUUUCCCCCUAAUUGGAUUUGAAUUAUGUGUCCGCUCCUCUUUAAAUGUGUAUCACUCUCUUCUCCAUCCUCGCACAGGUUUUCCCCCCAUGUGCCCCCCUAUCCGUUGGCUGAUUCCACAACAUCAGAUCCACUUCCCACCAAUGUACAUAAGGUUCAGUACAGGUAAGAAGUUUUCUCUCUCUGAUAAAGACGCUGAAGCUCUGCGGUGCUCUUCUUUCAGCAGCUAAUAUUAUUUUACAGCCAUGACUUAGUUUGUAAAAGUUGCUGAAAACUAAACACAAAUCUUAACCAACAUCAGAAACUGAAUUAUCACUUAAAGGUGGGUUAGGCAGGAUUCCAUAAAAGACGCAUCUUUUUUGUGGUUUUUAUCUAAAAUGCUUUUAAUAUCAGUCAGUAGUUAUUAGUUAUUGAUGACAUUUGGGAAUAUCACAAUAUCACUGUGUUCUCUUAUGUCUGUGGAGUCAACAUUUUAAAUUUUUUGAGCGGUCUGCUCUUUCUGACUGUAAACAAAACCAUUCUCCGCCCCCCUGACCUGAUUGGUUGUGAGGCAGACGCUGCUCCCUUGUGUUGUGAGGCACGCUCCACGUCCUCCAAUAACGUGCACGAGCCCAAAAAAAGUUAGCGUGCUACAAUAUCAGACAGUAGAAACCAACCAGAAAGUACAGAAAAUUUUCUGAAUCCUCUUUUGGCCACGACUGCCGACACAAGCAAUAAAACGAAGUAAAUACUGAAGACUCUGGCAGAAUAACGGGCGCUUAAAACGGAGGUAGACCAGACAACAUGAGCAUAAACGAUGGGGGACGCUUCAAGAUCUUAUGGACCCUGUAAUAGGCCUGGACGAUAUAGAAAAAAAGCAUAUCGAUAAAAAAUAAAUCAUAUUGAUCGAUAUCGAUAAUUAUCAAUAUAAUUAUUAUAAUUAUUUAACAUAUAUUUUAAUUGCAGCCCUGGAUGUUUUAUGCUAUUGCUUAAUGACCUACUUUUAAUAAAGAACACACAAGCACUGAAUUCAAAUUCAAACCUUUAUUCAACCACCUUUUUUUUUUUUUUUUUUUACAACUGAAAAUUUUUUUUUAAAAAGAACUUUAAAAAAAAGAGGAAUCAACUUAAGUGGCCUGAGUGACGUCAGUAAAUACUGACAAACAUAAAGACUAAAGUGACCAGAAAAUCUGAUAAAUAAAUAUUUAAAUAGUCUUUUGAUGAAAAUAAACAAAACAAACAAAUAUAUAAAUAAACAGAAUAGCUUUAGGUGGGAAUAGCAUACUACCAGUUUUAACUGUGUGGGAAACUGCCCACAGCCUGGUGUCUGAACACUGAAAUAUUUCUCCCGGGGUCGGGAGAUUUAUUUUUUUUUAAUCAUCUUGUGAUUGUCUUAAUACGCAAACUGAGCACGAGAAGCAGGACAUAUCCACGCCGGUGUUGUGUCGUAGAUUGCACCCCUGCCGAAUGCACCCCCUGCUAGUAGCCAUGAUCCAAAUACUCGCGUCUUUGUAAAAUAUGAGCUCAUUUUCUUCCACUUUAAGAAGCUAAUGAGUGGACGGGAUGCAGGGGUGCAUUCUACGGCACAACACCGGAACGUAUUUCCUCCGCACCCUUCUCACCCUUUCAACCCCUGACCCAUUUUCAUGCCUGAAGCGCUGUGUUUGAGAAAUACUUGCGGCCGGGCACUUCAUAUCGCGGGUCAAUAGUGGCUAGAAGCUGUUUAAGGCCAGGCUUUUCAACGGUAGUUAUUGGCAGUAUGUCCCUCGCUAUGGAGCAUGUUACUGCAUGGGUGAUGUCCUUAUGCCGCUCGGACGCUUUGUCGUAUUUUUGGCAAGAAACGAAGUCCAGUUUGGUCUGCUUCACUUGCUUUGUGCUGGUGCUGGCAGCGGUUCCAGAGGAUUCCUCCGACGAUGACGUGGAGCCGCGGUGCGGCCGACACAGCUCGUACUCCUGCGGGUGCGACCGGUUUAGAUGGUAAAACAAGUUGGUUGUGUUACCAGACUUGGUUUUUACUAAUUCUCUGCAAAUUUUGCAAACGACCGCUGUUCGCUUUUUGUCAGACUUCUAAAAACCAAAACAUUGCCAUGCUGAAGAACUACUGAAACCUUUUUUCGGGACAAUGUCCUCCGCUUCUCCUUGCUGUAACAUUAUUUCUAAUACACGUGCUGUCUGUUGUGGUUUGAUAGGGGCUGGGCUUGGUGCCGUAGUACCUGGGUCUGCGUUUGUGAUUGGUUGGGAGGAAGUAAUGACUGUAGUAAAAGCUACAUGAUAGGCUAUGAUGAAAAAGAAAGGGAAACUGUGUUUUCUAUCGAACUUUUUAUCGACCCGUUUUUUUUCUAUCGCACCACACGUCUAUCGAUCGAUAUAUAUUGUUAUCGAAUUAUCGUCCAGCACUACCCUGUAACCUUUCUGUUGGACAGGUAAACAGCUUUAACAAAAUAAGCCAAGUGUCUGUAACAGAAGUGUUUCUUGUCAAACUUGACCGUAGACUGUAUAUACUAUGGACAACUUGGUUCCCCCUACCGCCUGUAUACGGAUUUGAAGACAAAAAGCUCUCUAUUUCCGGGAUUUUUCUUCUUUUCCUGAAACCAGCGCUGCACAGUAGCGAUGCACGCAAUCGGCGGUGCAGUUGCCAAGAGUAAGCUUGGCAUGAGGCAGUAAAAAGACAGACUAAAAGCUUCAUAAAUGAAACUGUGAUGACGCUCAGCUCAAGCAGCGUAUCCCCCGGGUGAGCUACGCCAUCCCUGAACGCCCAUAGGCUGUAUCAGGUGUCAAUCAUAGAAAACAUGAACCCCCUAAUAACUUUAAAAAACGGAGCUUCACAGAAAAAAGAGGACUUGAGCACAAACCAGUCUUACUGUAACUACAUGUCAACAUCGCAAGCAGGGGGGAGAAAAAAUUAUGUUCUGUGUAAUAAAUUUCUAAAGUUUGUCCACAGCUCCAUACGCUUUGCUGGCGGAGGUGGGAUUUAUGACCUAUACUGCAGCCCACCAUCAGAGGGUGCUGUUCUCGGAGUGGCUUCACCCAGCGAGGAGGCAGACUCUGUCCAUUCUAUAUACAGUCUAUGAACGGGACCUGCUGCGUGUUGUAGCGCCGCUAAACUGUUUACCUCGUGUUCUGGAGUAUGCCACUAUAUGCUUGUUUUAGAAGUCCUGCAAACAUUGAAUUUGCUGGUCAUCUGUUGGCAUCUGCAGUAGCACUAAUGCUGUUUACUUUCACGUUGACUGGGCCCCAUUUGUAAUAAUCUGAAGUAUUUAUCUGCAUUAUAUCUAAAUUUAAGUGGAACGAUAUGAGCGAGUACGUACUUCCACACAAGCUGCGUCUCAGUGCUUUGCUUGUGUCUUAGUCCCUACCACCAGAGAUGCAUGAAGAGAUAUUUCUCUUCCUCUUGAGCUUUCUUGUCAUCAUACAAGUGGUGUACCUCUGUUAAAUGGCAGCUCUGAAAGGCUGUUUAUAUGUGCAUUCUUGGAUGCAGUGAGUUAUUUCAGACGGACCCUCAUCCUGCAUGCAAGCUGCAGCCACCGGGGCUGCUAUGACUGCUAAAAGUUUGUCGUUUACAAAGUUGUUGAGGCGUCUCUGUCGCAAACAGUCCAACCUUUUGUGAGGGUAGGAGGGCUAUCUGCAUUAGCUGUGUGCUUGGCCAGCGAGUCGUAUCUAAACCAGGUCUGCAGCGACAGUGUAUGCUAAUGACUUUGGUCCUGUGGAGGGAACCAUCUGGCAGAGCGUUCAGUUUUUUACUGUUUGAUUUCUGCUUGCCAUCCACAACAUUACUGCUACUUCUUUUCCUGAUUUCUCAAACUAUGGGACAGGCCAAAGAGCACAAUCACAGAGCAUGCUUGUGUUGUCUGCAGGUCCAAAAUAAUAAGUGGUGUUAGAGUGAUUCACACUAUUUCUAACUCUGACAGCUCUGAAGCUUGGCAUGAGGCAGUAAAAAGACAGACUAAAAGCUUCAUAAUGAAACUUUUCUAGAGUAAUCUGUUCUCUAAAAUUUGAGCAUAAACCAGGUUAAAACAAACAGACAUGAAAUGGUAGUUUGGUGUUGUUUACAGCCUCAUGAUUUGGGUGUAUUUUUACCUCCCUUUAAGUGGAGCAGCUUCUUGAAUGUUUUCAGUACUAUAAUAUCCAGUAUUGCCCUUGUUCAUCCACACUGAAGUUGCUCUUUACAGCAUGUUGCACAGCCCCUCAGUGACCAAAAUACAUAAAUCGCUUCAUGCAAUUUUUAAAUCAGUCCGAAAAUUAGAUUAAACACCCCAGCAAAGUCACAAAGUGACUGGUUUUGUCCUUUAAAAUGUUUUAAGGUGCAUUAAACCGUUGAUUCCAGUGGAGUUGCUCGUAAAUCUGUCUCACAGGGAGAGAUGCGCUGUUGAAUAUUUAUUCAGUUAUGUUUUUAGGGAAGGAAAGCAGUAAAAAAAAAUCUCUUCAAAGAUUAAUGUGAAGAGAUGGAGUACAAGAGCAACAUCUGAGAUGUUUUUUUUUUUUUCGUUAUUUUUGUCUAAGGUGGAGAUUUCGGUUUCCAGGCAGAUGAUCGCUGCAUGAGGAGGAGAAGGCGGGCGAACAGGAGUCACCCAUACCAUCAGUAUCUUCCGUAAGCACCGGCUCCCAGACACUCAGCGUGCAGCUGGUGAGCUGCAGACACAGAAACCUGCUUGGAGCAGGGACAUGGGGAUGGGGAGGAUACGGUGACUCCUGAUGCAACAUUAAUUUAACAAUUACGAAGAAAGAAAUAAUUCCAGAUGAAGAGUCACUGUCAUUUUGGAGGAAUCUUGUUAGGAAAUACAGGGAAGAGGUUAAGUGAGUUUGAAGUCCUUGUCUGGUUCUGGGCGUGCAGAUCAGAUUAGUAAUUCUAGUUACAAAAAGGCACAGUGGUGUUAAGAUACCUGUGUUAUGAUUUACUGAUCUGUGUUUUAACAUGUUCCAAAAAUCCUCUUAAUCCAGAGUUUAGAUAAUUAAAACGCUGUUUUCUGAGGUUAAAAGUAAGGGUCUCUGCCUCCUCACCACGCUACAGCAGAGGGAAGUGGAUGUCUGCUCCUCCUUUGACUUCAUGCCUCUGCUCUUUGAAUCCACACAGAGAGGUUCAUGUCUAUCAAACCUAAUCUCUGCUCUCCUCAUCUGAAGCCCUGAUCUGUAGCCUCAGGCAGCCGGCCACCCACAGGUCCAGCGUGUUCAUGCUGCCAGUAGCACAGUCAGAUAAAAAGAUUUGACCCGCAGAUGUGGACUAAAACCUGAGAGGAGGUUUCAAGUCAUUGGCCGAACAAAGCCCUCUUCACAGUUUGACAUUUUUAUGAAACAGAGGUGAGGAGAGUGAAAUGUGCUCCUCUUUCUCCACCCUGAAUUUUAAUGAGGAGCAGAUAAUAGCGCCAGGAUUAAGCGCUUGUUCGUAUGUUUUCCUUUGUUUUUGUUUUUUUUUAAAGAUUAAACUGAUCUACAC